UAUGGAGUGAUUCAAUUGGUCCACUGAUGAGUCUGGGCUACAUAGAGGAUUCUGUCUUGCGUAAGGUGUGGUCUCGAGCUGGGGCUCCCUCCCGCGGCGCGUUCGGCGGUCGAUGUAAACACUAUACGGGAGAAAGGGCACAGAGUCGAGCGGCUGCGCAUAUACAACACUUUUCGAAUGAGAAUUUAUAGAUGUUCAUGUUAAGACAUUUCUACAUUUAUUUUGUUUUAAUGUGUUUAUUGCAUUCAACAAAUGGAUCGUAUCCGUGACAAGUUGAUAACUUUUUAGCUUCAACUAGGGUAUCGAGGAACACCACGCGUUGUUGUCAAACUUCUUAAUUCAGAUAAGGCAAACAAAAUGACAACACUUUAAUUCCGUGUUCUGUCUUGCUGUGUUGACUAUUAAUAACUAGACGUCAGAAACAGUAUCUUCUGGGUCAGGGGCGCGCUAUGCGGUUACUGUGCCGCUCUCAACCUCGGGACUGAUCUUGCUGCAUAAGUGGAGUUUCAUAUCUGUCAAUUAAAGGUAUCUGAGGCCAGAUAUGCCUCCACCUCCUCCUCCACCUGCACCCCCGCCACCCCCCCCUCCACCCAGUGCUCCCCCUCCACAGUUACGGUCAGAGCCUCCUAAGCUCAAGCCUAGUGCUGGAGGUGGAGAAGGAAGAAAUGCCCUGUUAGCAGACAUUCAAAAAGGAGCAAGGCUCAAGAAAGUCACACAGAUCAAUGAUCGAAGUGGCCCACUUGUUGACAAGCCCAAGGGGACUGUUGGAGAUGUGUCAUCCACGACUAGUGGUGCCCCCCAGGGGGUCUCAGGAGGACUGCCUGCCCUGGGACCCAGUCUAGGGGGGCUCUUUGCAGGUGGCUUCCCCGCGCUGAGACCAACGGGAAAGACCCCAGUUUCUCGCUCCAGUUCAUCUGCAGGAAUGAAGCCUCUGUGGAACCCUCCAGCAUCCCCAGACAGCGGCAACUCCCCCUCAUCCUCCUUCCCCUCCUCACCUUCCUCCCCCUCCUAUAGGCCGGCUGAGAAAGCAAGCCCUGCCCGUAGGCCCAGCCCCUCAUCCGCAGCACUCCCCUCCCCCUCUCACAGCAAGUCUCCCUCCUCCACUGGCCCAACCUCCCCUCUAGUUCCAUCCGAGCCUCCUCCCCCUCCCCCACACGCCUUCCAGGACCGACCCUCCAACAAACCUCCGCCUGUCCCCACCUGCCCUCCCCCUCCACCCCCGUCCCAGCUCACCAAGCCCACGUGGCUACCCAUCCAGCACGCCCACCACACCCACCUGCCUCAGCCCUCCACCCCUCCGCCGCCCCCUCCUCCCCCCUCUAUGCCUCCUUCUAACCUCCCAGACCGGUCCUCUGGGAUCUUCUAUCCCCUUCCUCCGUCCCCCACCAUGCUCCAAGACUCCAGGUUCCCCAUGCUGCGGGACAGCCCACUCGGACCCCCUCCGCCACCUCCCCCUCCUCUCCCUGCGUCGUACAACCCAAGCUGUGCAUCCUCACUGCCCCCUCCCCCGCCCAAGAUGCCCCCAGUGCCAUCCCCGGCCAUGCGCCCUGGAGUGCCACCACUUCCUCCCUCCUACCCCUGCACCGCCCCGACUCGACGUCCACCUGCCGUGCCCAAUAAUGCAGCUGGUGGGCGGUUGGCUCCUCCUCCGGCCCCGCCAGCACGCUCCCCGUCGACUGAGCUGUCCAGCCGCACCCUUCCCCCUCCACCACCCCCACUCCCUCCCUCCAUCCAGAGGAACGGACACCUGCACAGCCUGGAUGACUUUGAGUCGAAGUUUCAGUUUCAUCCCAUAGAGGACUUACCUCCUCCUGAUGAGUUUAAACCCUUUCCCAGGACCUACCCUAGCAAAGAACUCAGAGUGAACUCCAGCACACCAGGGAUGAGGACACAUCUUCGAUGAUACGAGACCACACAUCCUUGUCUUUGUCUACCAUAAAUGAAAAUUGCUCUUCCUUGUCCACAUACAGCGAGCAAUAAGAGUGGGACCUCGUCCACAUGUUUCCCAGUACAUAAUGACCUUCCAAAGUACAGUAAAUGGCUAUACAGAGUAUUACUGGACCCAUAUCUACUGUGUUUAUGUGUGGGUUAUGUCAGCAGCCUGUGUGUUCCAUGGAGUGUGUAUAUUUGUGUAUGCGAGUGUUACACUGGGUCCCGCCCAGUACUGACUAUGUGACCUCUAACCUUUUCCAGUGUGGAAUGUUUUGAAUGUGUGUGAGAGGAGGGCUGUCCCAGUCCCUACAGUGCCUUCUCUCUUCUCUCUCUCUCUCUCUCUCUCUCUCUCUCUCUCUCACUCACAGACACACAAAGAACAUUAAUAUACAAUGUCCUCCAAUGGCUAGAUCGAAAGGCAAAUAUGUUACGUUGUACUAUUCAACCUUACAUGUGAACAAUAUUCUAAGGGAAUACAGUGAUUCACUUGAGAGCUAAGAGCCCACUGAGCAAAGCUGGGAAUUACAACUUUUGUUUCAGUAAGCAGACUUCUGAUAUGUUCACACACUUGAAAAUGAAACUCAGUGAAUAAUGUUGAUACUACAGAGCAACACAGGGAUGUUUUCUGAACCUGUUGGGUCACUCUUAAUUGAACAGUGUCACAAUGGUGUGUGUCCAAAGAAUGCAUCCUCUGCAGCAUGGAGCUGUCAGAGUAAACAACACUGUAGUGACAGGUAACUUGCAUUUUUAAAAAGUACACUGAUUUGUGAAGGGCAAUUGGAAAUGUAUUUCACUUUUGAUGUUUUGAAAGUUUUUUUUCUACUGUUGUCAUGUGUAUCAAUACAGUGAGAAAUGUGCUUCUCACGAUAUUGUUC